UCUUUUGACAUAAUACAAAAUUGAGAAAUGAAGAAGUCUCCCUUGAAGCGGUCUGGAUCUGGUGCUACCAAAGUUGAAGACUUAAAAAAACCAUUUGGAUUUUGUUGUGACAUUAAAAAUCAGGAUCAUGGAACUAUUUAUAACGCCAGACAUCCGCCUUUCAAAUCCUCCUUAGCUGAUAUUGUUCUAAAUGGUGGAGGACCAGAUCUCAAGUUCAGAAUUCAGGAUAUUGGUAAACCACUUUAUCCUAUUCAAUGGGGUGGUAUUUAUAAGAUAAAAAGCCCAGCUACUCUGGGUGAUUGUAAAAGAUGCCGUGGUCCACUGAAAUGGUAUCUUGAAGAAGAGAUUUCAUUAGCAAAGGAGACUGUGGUCAAUGAAAGAACGAUGAAAUAUAAUACAGAGGCAGAUAAGAAUCUUAAAAUCGCUAUGAAGAAAGUAAAGAAACGUAAGGAACGUAAGAGACUUGGUAAACAUAAAAGAAAGACAAGAAGCAAAGAACAUAAAGAAACAGUUCAGGAAGAGGAAAUAUCUAUUAAGAAUAAAUGAAGCAAAAUCACAAUAUCUUCACAAAACAAAAUUUAAAAAUGUUUAACUGACACUGAUUAGUAAACAUAUUUUUAGCAAGCAUUGUUUAAAAAAAUUACCAAUAAACUCAUAAAAAUAGGAAAGGUUUUCUUAAAUGUUACCAUACAAAUUUCUACUCUUUAUUAGAAAAAAUUAUAUUUGAGCAGCAUACAAAGUUUGGCAUGUUAUUAUAAUCUGAAAUAAUGUAAUAUCGACAUUAACAAUUGAUAAUAUAACAUAAAGGAACUGUGGAAGUCAAAGAAAGGUUAAACUUAUAUAAACAGCCAGAGAUAGAGAUUUCGUUAUACAUAUAUAUAUCUUACACAAUAUAGAUUACUCUCAAAGAUCGCCAUUAAUUCUUCACAUCAGAAUUAUAAUUACAGGCAUUGAGUCUACUGCUUCACCGAUAUAUCAGUACAUUAGAAAAACUCUCCAUCGUUAAUUUUACAGCUUCAUUUCAUUAAAUCUUAUAUCACUCUUCAUGGCACCGUUUCCAUGCAUACCCUGACUGAGGAAUAAGAGAUGGAGAUAAAGGUCAGACCUUCUUGCCUCAUCUAACAAGAACAAAUCCCUGGAUAAAAUAAUUUAGACUCCUCAGCAUAGCCCAUACAACCAGAUAUUUUCUAACAGUACUUCUAAAUCGAUGUUUCACAGAAUUAAGCAAAAUUAUAAUAAACAAAAGAAAACGAUUUCAUGUAAAUUUUUUCAUAAAGGUCAACAAAACGAUAUACAUUCUUAUGGUUUACAGAGCUAAGGAUACAAUAGUGGAUGCUAAUGUUCAGCACAACAUAAAAAAUACUUCAUAAAGAUAUAUUAUUUGAAAAUAAUAGAAGAUAUUCUUAACAUAGUGAUAUUUAUAUUAAUUAAUUUAGGCAUCAAGUACGUUAAUUAAACUGUUCGCCCAUUAAAACUGUCCGAUAA